UCUUGUACAUGACGACGUUGUCUUAAGGAGGUCUAAAGGCGUAGCAAACCGUAUUCUCCAUCUUUGUUAAUGGCAUGUGGUUAUAAACGAAUGUAAACGACCGGACCAGAUUUUCGAACUUGCAAGACUGUAUUUCAGAAAUCAAGAGACAUUUCAUAAAUUAAGAGAACAUGCUAGAGUCGGGUGAUAUAAAACCUAAGAUGUCCGAUGCCUAAAAGGAGUAGAAUAAAUGGCGUCUAAAGUGACUGAUGCAAUAGUUUGGUAUCAGAAAAAGAUUGGGGCAUAUGACCAGCAAAUAUGGGAGAAAUCUGUGGAGCAAAGAGAAAUCAAGGGUUUAAGAAACAAACCAAAGAAAACAGGGCAUGUUAAACCAGAUCUUAUUGAUGUUGAUCUUGUCAGAGGUUCUGCAUUUGCUAAAGCAAAGCCCGAAAGUCCUUGGACAUCUCUUACAAGAAAAGGAAUUGUUAGAGUUGUAUUUUUUCCAUUCUUCUUUAGUUGGUGGCUUCAAGUGACAUCAAGGGUCAUAUUCUCAUGGCUGUUUCUUCUAUACCUACUCCAAGUUGCUGCAAUAGUAUUGUUCAUCAUUACUCCUGGACCCCACAAUGUUCCAUUUACUGAGGUCACUGGCUCAAUAUUCUUGAUGCUUUUGCUUGGAACAGUGCAUUGUCAGAUUGUAUCAACACGGACUGUUAAAUCACCUCCUAUCUUAGGUGGAAAACGAAGAAGGAAAUUAAGAAAAGCAGCACAUUUGGAAGUGCAUAGGGAAGGUGAUGGCUCUAGUACUACUGAUAAUACACAAGAGGGAACUUUGCAGAGCUACGGUACAAGCACCUCUUACACUAUUGGCACAGUCUUCAGGGAUAUCUUGCAUGCAGCUUUCUUCUUAUCGGGUUCAAAGAAAACAAAACAUUCCAGUGACAAAUCUACAGAAACUGACAAUGGUUACGUCUCGCUUGAAGGGAGACUGACUGGUAAAAGUAGUGAAGAUGGCGUUCAAUCUCAUGAGCCUGUCUGUGAAGUACUUCAUUCAGAGGAGCCAAUGUGGGGCACUGGAAAAAACAGGAAUCCCCCAGCGCAAACAAAGAUGAAGUAUAAAACAAAACUGGACAUUCACAGAGCUGUGGUUAAUGUUUCGGAUGAAGUCUCAAGUGAAGAUGACCCAAGCACAGGAUAUACAACACAACGUAAUAUGGACCGGUCGCUUUGUGACAGUGCAAUCAGAAAUAGAAAACCUCACAAUUACAAAAAGCACUAUCCUGCAGAGGACAUCCAAAAAUCAGGAACUAGUUGCAGCUCUCGCUGUUCUAGCUCCAGACAAGAUUCUGAAAGCACCAGGCCAGAAUCAGAAACAGAAGAUGUCCUCUGGGAGGAUCUCCUGCACUGUACUGAGUGUCGCACUUCCUGCAGUAGUGAAACAGACCUAGACAGCAAUCAUGGCAACCUAUGCAUGAAAAGGGAAUACAGAGAUGACCCUUUCCAACAGAGUCACUCUCCUUGGCUUCACACUACCAACCCCGGGCUUGAAAAAGUCAGUGCUAUUGUAUGGGAGGGCAAUGACUGCAAGAAGGCAGACAUGUCUGUACUGGAAAUCAGUGGAAUGAUUAUGAACAGGGUGAACAGCUAUAACCCAGGCAUUGGAUAUCAAAUUUUUGGAAACGUUAUCUCUCUUAUCCUGGGUUUAACACCAUUUGCAUUUCGGCUGGCUGAGUCCAAGGACCUGGAACAAUUAGCAACACUUUCUGCAUCAGAACUGUACAGUAUUGCCUUUGGCUCCAACACUGACAUUAUGGUCAUUUCCCUGGUGCUUAUUAGUUUUGUGGUUCGUGUGUCACUUGUUUGGAUUUUCUUUUUCUUGCUAUGUGUGGCAGAAAGAACAUACAAGCAGAGAUUAUUAUUUGCCAAAUUAUUUGGCCAUCUGACAUCUGCAAGAAGAGCCCGAAAGUCUGAAGUUCCACACUUCCGCCUAAAAAAAGUUGAGAAUAUCAAAAUGUGGCUGUCUCUUCGAUCAUACCUAAAGCGAAGAGGUCCUCAGCGUUCAGUUGAUGUCAUUGUUUCAUCUGCAUUUUUAUUGACCAUUUCAGUUGUUUUUAUCUGCUGCGCUCAGCUACUUCAUGUUCAUGAGACCUUCCUCGAUUGUCAGUACAACUGGGAGUUAGUUAUAUGGUGCAUUUCAUUAACACUCUUUUUACUCAGAUUUGUUACACUUGGAUCAGAAACCAGCAAAAAAUACAGCAAUACUUCAAUAUUACUGACAGAACAGAUCAAUUUGUACUUGAAAAUGGAGAAGAAACCAAACAAAAAGGAGGAGCUGACACUUGUCAACAAUGUCUUAAAACUGGCUACAAAGUUGCUUAAGGAAUUGGAUAGUCCCUUUAGGUUAUAUGGGCUUACAAUGAAUCCACUGCUUUAUAACAUAACACAGGUAGUCAUAUUGUCUGCUGUAUCUGGCGUUAUUAGUGAUCUGCUGGGAUUUAAUCUAAAGCUGUGGAAAAUCAAAUCAUGACACUGGACAGCAGAAUAUUGACUCAACAUUUUCUGGAGCAAGAUUACUGACUUCCUAGCAAAAUAAUAAGCUGCCUCAAGUGGUUACCACUUGUGAUCAGAAACUAAGGCCUAAAGCAAGAUACUGUUUUGAAAACUGAAGUGUUUACUUCUGGACUUGUGCAAUUGUUUUAUUUAUUUACCUUUUCAGUGUUUUCAUAUUUUUCACUUACUAUACAUAUCAUGAUUUUGUAAGUAUUGAGUGACAGAUAUUGUGCAAUUUAAAAAAAAAAGUGCAUAUUCAUAAUAUUAAGCAAAAUGAGGAAUGAAGUCUCCAGCAUUUACUGUAGGUCAUGCAUAUCGUUGGUUUCUCUCCCCCACAAGAGUUUUUGGGUGAACAUUUUUGUAAAAUUCUGUUACAGCUUUAGGAUCCUUACAAUACAUCUUUUAUUAACAGAGGAGUAAAACUACAAAAGGUCUGCUUCUCAAAACUUGAACUUGUGCUUUGGCACAUGCAGUGUUUUGAGCACCAUGUGCUAUCAGAGAGAAUCAUAGCAGUCAUUUCUGUGCAUGUCGACACAUUCUAUCCAUUUGAAUGACAAAAGUGCUACCCAUGGCACAAUGGUGCUGGCAAGACAGGGUUAACUUAGGAAUGCUCACUUUCACAUUCCUUAACAGUGCCAGCAUCAUUCAUUAUAUUUCCCAUUCAAAUGAUGGGAAAUGGCCUCAUGUGGAGAAGGGUGUUUCACAACCUUGAUCUCCCUGACAAGACUGUGAUUGUCAAAAUAUAUACUUGCGGUAAAACAUUGGUUACUUUUAUUUGUAUAAGCAAUACACCAGAGUAUUAGCAAAAUAAUUGGUUACAGAACUAAAACUUACAAAGCAAGCUUUUGUGGUAUUGGUUCUUCAGUGCAUUUCACUGCUACCUAAGCAAUAGUUGUACAUGUUAAUACUGUAAGGAUUUUCUUUUAGAGAAAAUAUUAUUAGAAGUGUAUAUGUAUUUAUUAACAUUUGUUUGUCUUGCUUUUUUUUUUGCUCAUGGACGUUUCUAAUCAGUGCUUCUAAAGGAGAAGUAUUGCUGGAAACCAAGUAUUCUUAUAUGAUAAAACAAAUGGUUUGUAUGAGUUACUCCUAAUACCUUGGUAUGUUUUGUCCAUAGUGAUACCUGGUGAAUGUACAAUCCGAUAUCUUAAACUUGUGUUUAAAUAGUCAAUUUAUUUUAGCAUAACACAUGCUUUAAUUCCUUAUUUAGCUACUUUGUUUGAGGGCUAUUCUAUUACCCAUCUGCUUGACUCAUAUGAAAGGCAGAUGACAGACGUCCUGUGGUGUAGGAAAGGAUGACUUUCUCAAAUCACAUCAGUUUGUUCCUUGUUUGUCUAUCCUUUGGCAUAUAAUGUAGCUGUUACUCAGGUCACUUUCAGCAACACUUGUUUGCCAUUAGUAUUUUCCUUUCAAUGUUACAUUUAUUUUUAUUGUGUUUUAUCUGAAUUUUUGCUGUUCAGUUUUAUUUUUAAGGUAAAUAUAAUAUUAAUGUAUACUAUACAUAUCAUAGUCUCGGAAAAGCACUGUAAUGUGCAAUGCAAUCUAUAUAAUUUAAAUAUUUCAAUGUGUUAAGAUUGAUAAUAACUAUUUUGUAGAAUUAACUUGCCUUUUUUAGUAUCAAUUUGCAUCACUGCAAAUAUGUCUGUGAAUUACACCCAUUAUUUUCAAUGGGGAAAUGUGGAAAUUCUGUUUUUACUUGUGCCAAAACUGAAUCAAUGAAACAUUGUAAGGAUUUACAAAACUCAUAUAAGAACAAAGUUAUUAUAUUUACUUCAUUUGGAAUCGAAUGUUGACAAAAUGUUUUUCUGAAUCUGUUACACUUUAUGGUUUUAAUUUAAAUGGUCCUUUUGGUCCUUGUAGCUUUACAAAGGUUACUACCCUAAUAUACAUAAUCAUUACUAAGUUCAAGUUUUGUAGAUUGAUCAUCUUUGUUUGCUUCUGUAUUUUAUUUCAAUUAGCUGCUAUUGUGUGGGGGCCCAUGCAUUAUCCCAUCUUUUUUGUUACAUAUCUUAUGAUAUGAUUUAUAUUGUAGACAGGGCAUUGUUUUAAUCUAAAUGUAAUUACAUUUUCGACAUUAUCUUUAAAAAGCAUUCCUUGUCCCUUAAGUUCUGUGCUGAUGUAGUUUAGACUCAGAAAUAACUAAUAAACUAAAUAAAUAAUAUUUAAUAAACCUUUGCAUACUAACUGUAAAAUAUUCAGGAAAUAGGCUAUUUAUUUAAUGUAGGAUUUAUCGUCCACAUGUAAAAAGCAAAACGUGAGAGUAUAGCUUUUUGCAUGCAUUGAAUAUUUCUUCUGCAUAUGUACACAAAGUGUACAAAGCUACUUUUCCUAACAAUUUUUAAGAGCACAAACAGUUGACACGAUUACAUAAACACAAUUAUUUAGGUCUUCUCUAUAUAUCCUUAGGUAAAGUUAAUUUAAAAAAAAAUCUGCCCUUGACUUAAAUAACAUUGUGUGUUUGAUCUGCAACACAAUUUUUUUUUUUUUUUUUUUUAGAAGAAAAAAAAAAUAAAUCUAUUCUACCCUGCUCCAAUAAUUGCCCUAUCCUAUUUUCAAUGCUUUGCUAAAAAAUACCAUGUUAAAACUCUGCUUCUAGUCUUCUCAAAUAAGACGACAGGGCUACAUACUACACUAUGCUUGCAACGUAAGCUGAAGGAAUUUAAAUGAAGACGGAGAACUAAAAGGCAGCCUAAAAAUCAUCCGUACGGGGCAACUUCUGGUUCUGGCAGAAGUCGGGCUAGGAGUUUAUAUGGAGUGUCAUACGUUAGAAUUUGCCAAGCGAAUGUCGCUCUUUUGCUUUAUUUGAAAAGACCAGAAGCAGAGUUUUAGCAUUGAAAAUAAUAAACUUUUUGCAGGAUAGGGUAAUUAUUGGUGCAGGGUAGAAUAGAUUUGUCACUUUAAAAAUUCCUUUAAAGGGGUUUUUAUGCUAUCCUUUAUUAUUGCCCAAGUUUUAAUAGAUCAGUGAUUUCAUUUUGUUUUAAUUUGUAUAGGUUCUGUAAAUUAUAGUAAUCGAAAGCUUAACUUAUCCAUAUUGGCAAAAUUGACAAACCAUGUACGCUUGACGUUCUCUCAGUCAUAGAACUUACAAAUUGCAAUUAUUCUCUUAUAAAUAAAAAUUUAGUGAGUCGCUUAUCUGAAACAA